ACUUCACUUUCCCAAUUCCCCGAUAGCCAACAGGCGGGAAACUUUAGUCAGAUUCAGAUAUAGAGAGAAACAAACCAAUCACCGGAGAUGAGAGCCGCCGGUCGUCGCCGUCCAAAGGAAUCUUUCGCACAAGAACGAAAACCACCGCCAACCCCCACCGCCGAUCCAUGGCAGUUCACUGGCGGCCCAAUCGGCCGCGACUCCGACGCCAGCUUAUGCAGCAGCCGCCCUUCCUCCUCCUCCAUCGGCAUCAAACGCCCCGCCGCGGCCGCCGCCCCCGCCACCUCGGCCGCCGAACGCUCCAACCAACUCUCCGUCAUCAACAAGUACCUCGCCUCUCGGUCCCCUUCAAUCUACCUCAAGCCCCCACUGCCCCCCGCCAAAGACAUCACCGAAACCCUAAGGUUUGUUCUCAAUCGACUCGAUUUCGGAACGAACAAACUUGAAGAAGACCUCCUCACAGUCCUCAAACACCUCAAUUGCCCAAUUAAACUCACCAAAUCGUCUAUUCUACACCCUGGUACUCCUCACUCUUGGCCGAGCCUCCUCGCUGUGAUCCACUGGUUGGUUCAAAUUGCAAUGUACAACGAUCAUUUAACCAAAAUGUCGGAAAAUCGGUCCAGCUUUGCAGAUAAUAGCAUGCUCGAGUAUUCUCUGAACAGUUACUUGCAAUAUAUUCAAGGAAAUGAUGAUGCAGUGGAGAUCCUUGAGCGUGAAUUCAUUGAGAAGUUAGACCGUGAGAGGGCUUCGGUAGAGGAAACUGUGAAGAUGUUGGAGAACACUGUUAAGGAGUUGGAGGGGAAGUUGGAGGGGUUGAAGUCGGGACCAUCGCCUAAGGAAUUGCUCGAGAAAGAGAAGGGUGUGUUGGAAGAGGAUGUGAAGAAGUUCCACUCAAUGAUUGAGCAGUUGAAUGGACAUAUUAUGACAGUGGAGAAGGUAUUGGAGGAGAAAGAGAAGGAAUUGGAGGCGAAGGUUGGGGAGAACAAGAGGAUUUGCGAGGAGAAUGAGGAGUUGAAGAAGAGGAUAGAGUCGCAGCAUGUUAAUUCACGAGAUGCAGAGAGGAUGAAGAGAGAGUUGCAGGCUGUGGAGAGAGAUAUUGCCGAUGCUGACGCGGAGAGGAAUGCUUGGGAUGAGAAGUGCUGGGAUCUUAAUGACACAGUUGGGCGCAAGUUUAAGGAGCUCCAGGCCCUUUCAAUGGAGUGCAACCAAGUUAUGAGAAGGUUAAAGCUUGGAAAUGGUUUUCAGUAUGAGCUAAAUCCCAAAGGUUCAACCGCUGCUGAGGUGCAAGGGAUAGACUAUAAAUCAACACUAAAGCCUGAACUUGCCACCUUUGCUGAUGACUUAAAGAAAAGCUCAAUGGCAAGGUUGGAAGAGUUGAUAUCGCUUCAGCAACAAUCAGUUGAAAAUGCUUCCAAGAUUGAGACUAAAAGAAACCGUAUUACGGCACUUCAAUCCCAUUGUGACGAAGUGGAAGCUCAAUUGAACUUAUUGCAUAAGGAAAUACAAGACCACACUUCCAGAUGUUCAAUAGAGGCUAGAAGGAUGGUAGAGGAGGUUGAAACCGAAGUCCACAGCUUGGCUGUUUUUGAAAGAGAAGCUGCGGAGUUUCUGAAGGCCUCCAAAGUGAAGUUGCAGGAAGCUAUUGUUCAAAGUGAAGAGGAAGUUCAGGCCUUUGCUCAUGAACUCUUUGCAUUGGUUGAUUCAGUUUCAAAAUACAAAGAAUAUAUGGCUUCGAAAAUUUUAGAGAUGAAGAAUUGUCUUGCGGAAACUUCUGCUGCCGUAUCAGAUUUUCACAAGAGCGCCUUUUGAGCACAGUUUGGUAUUGCUGUUGAGCCAAGCCACUGAUUUGAAGUCUUUCCAGUGGGUUACUAAAUUCUCUGACAACCCUGUCUUCCUUUUGCCUCGCUUACGCCACUGAGUUGUUGCUUGCUAAAUUAUCUCAUUAGAGAUGCUAAGAUUUCAAUAGGUGUGUCUUUCUUUUUAUUGUUAUUGUCUACUUGAGUUUAGAGAAGCUAAUACAUUCGCUGCUGGCAGUUUAAUCUCCUAAUGGUACUCUUGGGGAAUGGCAUUAUAAUGAAGCAAGGACACCUGAUUGAAAUGGUAUAACAACAUGUUGAUUCGGAGAAAAGAUUGUGUAGGACAGUGAUAUUUUUCAUUUUGCUGCCGCAAAAUGGUAUCAUCAACCUGACAUGUGGUUGGAGACCAAUCUAAAAUAUUUUCAUACAUGUAUUUGAAUUUGAUAUCAUUUUAGCCAAGUACUUGUAUGAAAUGGGUCUCUUUCAAGCUGAUUUCAUGGUAAUCUGCUAAUAGCUGAAACUCUUGGUUGAAGUCCCCGUGGGGGGAAAUGGGCGCGUGAGACACAUACAGUGAGUUAUAUAUUACCUUGCCAUUGGCGCAACCGAAGCCGCCGAAAUCGUCGUCAAAAGGACGCGCAUUGUUCUCGGCGGCCUCGAGAAGGAGCUGGACCUGGGCAAGCAUGAGAUAGUUGGGCUCGUUCUCGGAGGUGUGGGUCCCCAGAAUCAUCUUCUGUACAGAGUAGUCCUUUCCCGGCGGCUCUUCUCGGUCGGGAAGCCACUCGACGGUGAGGGAAGGCCACUCGAGGGGCAUGGGUAAUCACCAAAUCGUACAACAAGGGAGUGUUCUUCCAUAUCUUGUACUCUUUCGUUUAUCAGUCUCUCCCCCCUCUCUCUCCUCAUCUCUAUUUUUUCACAUUAUUAAUUGAGAUAAAAACAGAAUAGGAAGCAUGAAAAGUUCAGAGCGUGAGGAACAUAUUAAA